AUGGUCUCCGGAAACCAGACAUGGGUGAAGAUGGGCGAGCCAUGCCCCUGCAACACACAGCACGAGGUUCUGUGCAACACGACUUGGGGAACCUACUGUCAAGCAACCUACUAUGGUCAAUGCCCCAUUUCUUGCGCGGCUGAUGAGAUCUAUUGCACAGCCGUCGCCUACGACGAGUUCGGCUAUGAAAACUGGUCUGCUCCUUACCAGGAGUCCUGUGCGGCUGCCAAAGAUGGAUGCCCCUGCAACCAACAGUGGGAGAAGCGUUGUACCGAAGGUGAAUGGAGCUGGUGUGUCCCGCAUUACAUGAGCUGCCCUGUGGAUUGUGGUGAUAAGACCACCUGCUGGCAUUGGUCGGGGAAUCAGACCUGUGGCACCGACACCGGCUGCGUGUGCGAGUCCGAAGAGCUCACUUGCCCGGAUGCCGCGGGCGUGAACGAAUGCUACCCCAAGGUCUACUACCCCGAUGGCUGCCCAUUGAACUGCAACUACGACACGCACACCUACUGCUACGAAGUAGGAUACGAUGCCUCGGGCUUCAUGACGUGGACGGAGUACUGCAAAGAGAAGACCAGCCCAGAUGAUUGGGACUGCCCAGUGAUUUGCAAGAACGAGACCUCCAAGAAGUGCGGCGAUGGAUGGGACGCCUAUUGCGUGGGUCUCACCGACACGUGUCCAGAGGUUUGCACCUCUGAGCAGCAACUCUGCUGGGUCACGGACUACGACGCCUCAGGCAACUGGCUCGGAGGAGCGGACCAGUGCCAUCCCGCCAACGAAGAUUGCCCCUGUGGAAGCAACAGCCAACUCUGCUCUUUUGACGGCUACUCCUAUUGCGAGUCCACCUUCUAUGGCUGCCCAGUGACCUGCACAGCGGACCAGAAGUAUUGCUACCCAGUGUCCUACACUCCUGAAGGCGAGUGGGACUACUCGGUGCCCGUGCAAGAGACCUGUGCUGGCCUCGAUGAGACCUGCGAGUGUGGUGCCAAUGCAAAGAUGUGCAAAUGGACCGAUGAAUGGGGAUGGGAAGAGGAGUACUGCAUGCCAUCGGCCUGGGAGUGUCCCGUAACGUGUACCGCGGAGCAGAAGCGCUGCUACCUCACUGACUACAAUGCCUCCGGAUAUCCUGAGAAGUACUCUGAGAAGUGCGUGGGAAAGGAGGAGUCCUGCCGCUGCGGCACACACUCCCAGAAGUGCUACGAUCCCUACUUCGAUGAGGACUAUUGCUAUCCCCUGGUGGAUUUCUGGUCGGGACAGAAGAUGAAUUGCCCAGUCUACUGCAAGGACAACGAGGAUUACUGCUACAUCCCCAGCUACGAUGCCCGGGGCGAUUGGAUCUCCUUCACUGAGAUGUGCGUUCCACAAGGCACGCCGUGCGAUUGCUCGAAGGGUCAGAAUGCCUUUGCAUGUACCUGGAACGAUCCGACGUGGGGCUCAUGGACUGAAUGCUUGCCUACCAGCGGCCCUGGCUCUUACUGCCCUUCUGACUGCCCCCAGGGAGAGGUGGCCUGCGAUCUGGUGGAAGACUACUUGCCGAAUGGCACCUCUUUGGGCUUUGUGACGCCUUCUGUGAAGUGCGCCAAAAGCCAUGACAAGUGCCCCUGCGGCAAGGAGGCCGAGCGUUGCCCUGGCACCGGCUGCAUCUUCAAGGACGAGGGCUGCCCUGUGACCUGCGGUGCCGACGAGAAGAAAUGCUACUUGACAGACUACACCGGCAACGGCGAGUUCAUCAGUGACCGAGAAACUUGCGUUGCUGCAGAUGCCACGUGUCCCUGUGGCAAAAACACCGCCAAGUGCGCCAAUACCGACUUGUGCUUGACCACCGCUGAAGCCGCCAUUGUUUGCCCCUGCAAGGCGUCGGAGACGGAAUGCUUGGUGGUGGACUAUGACAAGAAUGGUGAAGCCACCGGUUUCUCCACUCAAUGCGUCAAGGAGGGCCAAUCUUGCCCUUGCGGCAAGAACACUCUCAGCUGCCCUGACCCCAACGAUGCGUUGGCCAAGCUGUGCGCGCCCUCCUUCAACACAAAGAAAUGCCCCGAGCCCUGCACCGCCGAUGCCAUCGCCGCAGGAAACGUCACGUGCGUGCAGACCAACCUGAACUCCAACGGGAAGUUCAAGUCCGAAACGGUGACGUGUAUUGGAGCGAACGCCACCUGUCCGGCGGGCGAGGGCAUGAAGAAGUGCCUGUCGGGGGCGACCAUUUCAGUGGACACCACCUGUAUGAACCUGUAUGCCACUGCCACCACACAAAACCGACGUUUGGACAGCAGCACAGCAACCCGUGAGACAUGCAACGCCAUCGUGACGAUGAGCAGCUUGAGCGCUGAUGCCAAGAAGAAUGCGGAGACUGCCAGGGUGAAGAUCAACAGUGUACUCCAGAUUCCAAGUGGUUUGAAGACCACCUUGGCUGUGAAGACUGCAACCCGCCGGUUGAAAGAGCAGGAGCGUGCCCUGAACUCUGGGGGAACCGUGAUCUACGGCAUCGACAACCAAGGAGUCGCAACUUCAGUGAGUCCCUCACAGGUCUGUGAGCAGUUGAAGAAGAUGGUGAAGAGCAGUAACCCUUCGUUGACGAAAGCCGUCAGCACUGUGGGAGUCAUCAACGCGCAGGCAGGUGUCAAUCUGGAGAUCUCCUCCACUGCUUUGCAGAGUCGAAGCCAAGCUGCCAAGGCCGCGAAGGCCGCUCAGGCAGGUGUCACGACGCGAUCCACAACUACCACUGUGCCACAGGCGGCAUGGGGCAUUGGGGCAGGACAGCGGACGCGAGUGGCGGCAACCCAAGCACUUCCACUUCCACGUCCGGUGCUAGCGACGGCGACAGCUCCACGAGUGGCUCUACCAGUGAGGAUAUGGUUGGACAUGCUGGUGUCAAAACGAUUGCACAUGACAUGCUUCCUAUUUCGAUGA